AUGGAAAAAGAUUAUGAUGAAAGUCAUUCCGAAGGACAACAAGUACAACCAAUUAUGUUAGAAGCACCUAAACCUAAGCAGCAUAAGACGAAUACACUUGAGGCCAAAAAGGAAAACUAUGCUAAGCGACAACAUCAUCAUCAUAUUAACGAUAAUGAUGAUGACAAUGAAGUUUACGAUUACGGUGGUCAGGCUAAUGAGCAGGGAAUCAGGUGUGAUGAAGUAAAACCACAGCAACAACAACAACGCUUAAAAAAACGAAAUUUUCAAAAACUAAGGGUUAAAUGCGAAAACUAUGAUUAUGAUUUGUUUAAAUUGAAAAAAUCCAUUAACCGGCCAUCUACUUCCAGCAUAACACCUUUUUCAUAUAAUUCAACGCCAUCGUCGUCAUCAGCAUCAUCGUUGUCGUCGGAAUCAGUAUCUUCCAAUACCGCUACAUUUAUAAACUGUUCAAAAAAAGAUAAAAAUUAUAGUGCAUUUAAUAACAAUUGUAAUAAUCAAACCACUCAUCACAAUCAUAAAAGUCCCUCAAAAAACAUUCCCCACAAUGACCAACAACAAAUGUUAAACUGUGAAGCAACUUCGGACGAGAAGUCGAGAACAGCUAACAUUUUAACAGCAACAUCAUCAUCACACCCUCAACAACAUUUAAUGCAAUACAAUCAACAAGUGAAAUGUCAUCGUAGAUAUGAGUGUAAUACGAACCAAGAUUUAAAUUACCUGCAAAAGCGAAAAGUAUUUGUGGAAAAUCAAGUUGACGAAUCACUGCAAUUAGAGAAGGGACCCCCCCAUUUUGCUACACAUCUUGAGAACCAAGAGGCUGAUGAAAUAGCAGCGUAUGAUAGACCGUGUGUGCAACAAGCAGAUUUAACGCUUUUAGGUGAUCCAACGUAUAGCAAAGAAUUAAGUAACAAAUUCUUAUCACAAAUAAGACAAGAAAUAAUAAAUAAAGCUGCACCUGCUGCUGGUGUACCUGUAAAUACAAUAGUUAUAAGUAACAAUGUUAAGUGCCAAAAUUUGAAUAAUUCAUUAAAUAUUGCAGCUGAAGCACAAAUUCAAACGCCAACAAAAACUCCUAGUAACAAUAAUAAUAAACGCAACUUCAUUAUUGUAAAUGAUAAUAAACAUAAUCCAAAUAGUCCAAAUAUUCAUAAAGAAGAACCCCAUGAAUCACACAUUAAUAUCUGUUUAAAUUAUUCGGCCAUCAACGAUUUAAAUACGUUUAAUGGUUCGGAGAAGGCCGGUUAUAAAACGAAUCAUUGUGAAGAUUAUGAAUCUGUAGAAUCGAGUGAAUACCAUAAAAGGCUUAAAUCAUUUCGAAAAUCUGCUCUAAAAUCAUCAAACGGUGGUUGUGGCGCUAAAAAUUCCUCACCCAAGCUAUUGAAAUAUAAAUCACGUUCGCCAACACAACAAAACUCCGAGGCCGAUGCUAUAGUAGUACAGUCGAACAAAAAACGCUUCAGUUAUUGCAGCAGUUGCAGUAGUAGCAACAGUUGUAACUGUGACAUUACCGGCGAAAAUAGUAACACUCUUUACGAGGGCUUUGGCAUUGGUGUCGUUGUAAGUAGCAGCUAUACGGACGAUUUGGGGACUGCCAGUGACAGUGUAUGUAACGGUCAAGCUCUUUCAACGUCGUUCAGGGGACAUACUAGUGAUAACUUGUAUGAUGUACAACGGCACGGUGUUCAAUAUUUGGAAGAAAAGUUUGAUGACCAAGACGACAACGAUCAGACAACAAACGCUUCUGAUAAUUGCAGCGUUUUUGAUGAGACCUGCAGUGAUCCGCCUUCUCUAAUAGAAGAUUUACCUCGAGUUGAAACGGAAAAUAAAAUUCUAAGCAAUAAUUUAAAAAACUAUUCGAAAUUUCAUGAAAAGUUUUACAAAAAACAACAACGGUUCACUCAUUUUAACAGUCCCUGUGAUUCGAUUAAUAACUGCGAUUUGGAGCCGCAUAGUAUUGCUCUUAGCCAAAAAGACACUUUCGAACAGAAUAUAAUUUUAAGUUAUAACAACAAUAGUCUUAAUUUUAACAAGAUGAUUUUUGAUGCCGGCUAUAAAAGUGAUGCCCCGACAGAUGUUUUAACCCGUUCUGGUCUUGGUGUAAACAGUGGAGGGGUAGAAGUGCUAAGUGGCGGUAGAGUUGAAGACGGCGCUCAAAAUGUAAAUAAUGAUAUAUAUGCUACUGGCAAUGGUAUGCCAAACAUCCCUGAAACUAUGAAUGGCACUACAGUAUGUGGAGCUACUCCGGGCGCCGGAGCAAAUCAACAAAAGACAACAGGUGGUACUACUCAAAAACGACCACAACGACGAGGUGGCAAACAACAACCUGAUCGACCAGAGAGAGCUCUCUUUUGUUUAACUUUAAAAAAUCCUGUUCGAGCGUUUUGUAUAAGAAUUGUAGAUUCAAAAAUAUUUGAAUAUUUUAUUUUGUUAACUAUAUUUGCAAAUUGUGUGGCCUUAGCUGUUUAUACGCCUUAUCCUUCUAGUGAUUCUAAUGUUACAAAUCAAACUUUGGAAAAAGUUGAAUACAUCUUUUUAGUUAUCUUUACGUCUGAAUGUGUUAUGAAAAUUAUAGCUUAUGGAUUUGUUUUACAUACUGGUUCGUAUUUAAGAAACGGAUGGAACUUUUUGGAUUUUUUUAUAGUUGUAAUAGGUAUGAUUUCGACAGCAUUAUCCAAUUUGGUUAAAGAAGGCUUUGAUGUGAAAGCGCUAAGAGCAUUUCGUGUACUACGACCGCUACGUUUGGUGUCGGGUGUACCAAGUUUACAGGUUGUUUUAAAUUCGAUUUUAAAAGCCAUGAUACCAUUGUUGCAUAUAGCUCUGCUGGUAUUGUUCGUCAUAAUAAUUUAUGCUAUAAUUGGUCUAGAGUUAUUUUCUGGAAAAUUACAUAAAACGUGUAGAAACCCUACAACCGGUGAAUACUUAGGGGAUUUGGAUGAAUUACAUCCAUGUGGUGUUGGAUUCCCAUGUCCCGAAAAAUAUGUAUGCUUUGAUGAGUGGGUCGGUCCCAAUUGGGGCAUAACGAAUUUUGACAACUUUGGUUUAUCGAUGUUAACAGUGUUUCAGUGUGUUACCUUGGAAGGUUGGACUGAUGUUUUGUAUAAUAUCCAAGAUGCUAUGGGUUCAAGUUGGGAAUGGAUUUACUUUGUUUCCAUGGUUAUUUUGGGUGCAUUUUUCGUGAUGAAUCUAAUUCUUGGUGUUUUGUCAGGUGAAUUUUCCAAAGAACGUACAAAAGCCAAAAAUCGUGGCGACUUUCAAAAGUUACGAGAGAAACAACAAAUAGAAGACGAUUUGCGUGGUUACUUGGACUGGAUUACUCAGGCUGAGGACAUUGAACCUGACACCGAUGGUCAAUUAAUAUCAGAUGGAAAAACUAAAGCCGCCAAUGAAAUCGAAUCAGCAAAUCAGAUGGGAGAACAUGAGCAUGGCUACGAAGUACAACAGACUGAGUCACUGUUUCGCAAAAAGAAGAAAGACUUGGAUCGCAUAAAUCGACGGCUGCGAAGAUCGUGUAGAAAGGCAGUAAAAUCACAAGCAUUCUAUUGGUUAAUUAUCGUUUUGGUCUUCCUCAAUACGGGUGUACUGGCAACUGAGCAUUACAAGCAGCCCUCCUGGUUGGAUCAAUUCCAAGAAUAUACAAACAUAUUUUUUAUUGCUCUGUUCACCUGUGAAAUGAUAUUGAAAAUGUACAGUCUCGGAUUUGAGGGUUAUUUUGUUUCCCUAUUCAACCGUUUUGAUUGUUUUGUGGUUAUUGGCAGCAUCACAGAAAUGAUAUUGACUAAAAGUGAAUUAAUGCCUCCUUUAGGUGUUUCUGUAUUACGUUGCGUACGUUUAUUACGUGUCUUCAAAGUGACAAAAUAUUGGCGUUCGUUGUCAAACUUGGUUGCUUCCUUGCUUAAUUCUAUACAAUCAAUUGCGUCCCUUUUACUCUUGCUGUUUCUGUUUAUUGUGAUAUUUGCCUUAUUGGGAAUGCAAGUGUUUGGUGGUCGUUUUACAUUUAAACCGGAGGAAGAAAAGCCUAGAUGGAAUUUCGACAGUUUUUAUCAAAGUCUUCUUACAGUAUUUCAGAUAUUGACGGGUGAAGAUUGGAAUGCUGUUAUGUAUGACGGCAUUAGAGCAUACGGUGGCGUUUUCUCAUUUGGCAUUUUAGCCUGUAUUUAUUUCAUAAUACUUUUUAUAUGUGGCAACUACAUAUUGCUAAACGUUUUCUUGGCCAUUGCGGUGGAUAAUUUAGCAGAUGCCGAUUCUUUGACUGCAAUUGACAAAGAGGAAGAAGAGCUGCAGCAAAAAAUCGACGAUGGUAAAAAAUCGCAUAGUCCAACGCCGACUUUAGAUGAUAUUGAUGAUGACGAACAUAACCUUGAUAUAGAUAUGGAUAUUGACCAUGAAAUGGAUGAACAUAAAGUAGACGGAGAUGUUAUAUCGGAAGAGGAUUUGUAUGGCGAAGAAAGGGAAAUGUGUGAAGAAGAACAAGAAGAAUAUGAUGACAGCGAUGUAGCCACAGCCAGACCCAGACGCAUGUCUGAGGUUAAUACUGCCACGAAAAUUCAGCCCAUACCGGAGGGUUCAUCAUUCUUCUUAUUUUCACAAACUAACAGAUUUCGUGUAUUUUGCCAUAAGUUGUGUAAUCACAGCAAUUUUGGUAAUUUCAUAUUGUGCUGUAUUAUGUUUUCAUCGGCCAUGUUAGCUGCGGAAAAUCCCUUAAAAGCGGACGCAAGUAGGAACCUUGUUUUAAACAAGUUUGAUUACUUUUUUACGGCUGUCUUCACAAUAGAACUGUUGCUUAAAUUGAUUUCAUAUGGCUUCGUCUUACAUGAUGGAGCAUUCUGCCGAUCAGCCUUCAAUUUAUUGGACUUGCUGGUCGUUUGCGUUUCGCUAAUAUCAAUUGGUUUCAGUUCGAAUGCGAUUUCAGUCGUGAAAAUAUUGCGUGUAUUAAGGGUUUUAAGGCCUCUUAGGGCUAUAAAUCGCGCUAAAGGCCUAAAGUAUGUAGUGAAAUGCGUUGUGGUAGCCAUAAAAACGAUAGGUAAUAUAAUGUUGGUUACUUACUUGCUACAAUUUAUGUUUGCUGUCAUCGGAGUUCAACUCUUCAAGGGGAAAUUUUUCAAAUGUUCCGAUGGGUCCAAGAUGUUUGAAAGCGAGUGCCAUGGUACUUAUUUGAUCUAUGAAAACGGUGAUAUCAAUAAGCCUCGUCUGAAGGAGCGAGAAUGGAAGAACAACAAAUUCCACUUCGAUGAUGUGGCCAAAGCAAUGCUGACCUUAUUUACGGUAUCAACAUUUGAAGGAUGGCCCAACCUCCUCUAUGUCUCGAUUGAUUCAAAUAUGGAAAACGGUGGACCAAUACAUAACUUCCGUCCAAUAGUGGCUGCCUAUUACAUUAUUUACAUCAUUAUUAUUGCCUUCUUUAUGGUCAACAUAUUUGUCGGUUUUGUUAUUGUCACAUUCCAAAAUGAGGGCGAGCAGGAGUACAAAAAUUGCGAGUUGGAUAAAAAUCAACGUAAUUGUAUUGAAUUCGCCUUGAAAGCGAAACCAGUGCGGCGAUACAUACCGAAGCACGGCAUUCAGUACAAAGUGUGGUGGUUUGUGACAUCAUCAUCAUUUGAGUACUCAAUAUUUGUUCUAAUCAUGAUAAAUACGGUAACAUUGGCAAUGAAAUUUCAUAAACAACCAGAAUAUUAUACGGAAAUAUUGGAUGCAUUGAAUAUGAUAUUUACUGCUGUAUUUGCAUUGGAAUUCGUUUUUAAAUUGGCAGCAUUUCGCUUCAAAAACUAUUUUGGUGAUGCCUGGAACACGUUUGAUUUUAUUAUUGUCCUUGGAAGUUUCAUAGACAUUGUGUAUAGCGAGAUAAAAACCAAGGAACAGGUAUUGACUACACCUUGUACCGUGAUGCAAGGUUGUAAACCGAAGGCUAAAGGUGGUUCCACUUUAAUUUCUAUUAAUUUCUUCCGACUUUUUCGUGUCAUGCGCUUAGUGAAAUUGCUGAGUAAGGGUGAAGGCAUAAGGACACUUUUAUGGACAUUCAUUAAAUCCUUCCAAGCUCUACCCUAUGUGGCUCUGUUAAUUGUAAUGCUUUUCUUUAUAUAUGCUGUCAUUGGUAUGCAGGUCUUUGGCAAAAUCGCACUGGAUGACGAUACGGCUAUACAUCGAAAUAAUAACUUUCAAACAUUUCCACAAGCCGUUUUGGUGCUGUUCCGUUCGGCCACCGGCGAGGCAUGGCAGGAUAUUAUGAUGGAUUGUUCGCCGCGCGAUGAAGUAAAAUGUGACGAAGAGUCCGAUUCCCAUCCGGGGAAUUGUGGUUCCAGCAUAGCUUUUCCAUAUUUUAUAUCAUUUUACGUGCUUUGCAGUUUCUUGAUUAUCAAUCUUUUCGUUGCUGUUAUUAUGGAUAACUUUGAUUAUUUAACACGUGAUUGGUCUAUUUUGGGUCCCCACCAUUUGGACGAAUUUAUACGCUUAUGGAGUGAAUACGAUCCGGAUGCUAAAGGACGGAUCAAACAUUUGGAUGUGGUCACACUAUUGAGAAAGAUUUCUCCCCCCUUAGGCUUUGGUAAAUUGUGCCCUCAUCGCAUGGCUUGCAAACGAUUGGUCUCCAUGAACAUGCCCUUGAACUCAGAUGGCACGGUCUUGUUUAAUGCCACAUUAUUCGCAGUGGUUCGCACAUCGUUGAGCAUAAAGACCGAUGGCAAUAUUGACGAUGCCAAUGCUGAGUUACGUGCCACUAUUAAACAGAUUUGGAAACGCACUAACUCUAAGCUGCUGGAUCAGAUUGUACCACCGCCGGGAAAUGACGAUGAAGUAACGGUAGGCAAAUUUUAUGCUACCUACCUUAUACAGGACUACUUUAGGCGCUUUAAAAAGCGUAAAGAGCAAGAGGGCAAAGAAGGGCAGGCAGAGAGUAAUACAGUCACGUUGCAAGCUGGCUUGAGAACUUUGCACGAAGUAUCACCAGCUUUGAAGAGAGCCAUAUCGGGCAAUUUAGAUGAACUGGCUGAAGAACCAGAACCCAUGCAUAGACGUCAACAUACCUUAUUCGGCAGCGUUUGGUCCUCCUUCCGGCGACAUGGUAUUGCAUUGCAACAAAAGCCUCAAGGAAAUGGAAAUAUUGGUGCAGGCUCAGGCGAUAUUCAAAUGCGAUCCGAUGAAUCAAAUUUAGAAUCCGAUUACAUCUACGAUUCUGUGCACUGUAGCGUGGCCGAUGGGAUUAACCAUUUGACCAGAAACUUAAUGCAAACCAGAGUCAAUCAAAAGUUGACAAUGGCCAUCAAUGGCGUUAACAAUUUGAAUAACAGCAUGAGCAACAUAAAGGAUAAUGAAGAGUUGCGUUCCUAUAGCGAGGCCAUCUCCAUGCGGCCUCUAAUGAUGAAAAGUGAUGGCAGUAUUAGUGGUACUGUUAGUGGUUUGAGUCCAACCUCUAUAUUAGAAUCUAAUGAAAAUCCUAAUCGUGGAGUUUUACUAAAUCCGUAUAAUAAUGGGGAAUUAUUUCAAGAUAUCCAGAAAAGAAUAAUUUCUAGAGAAAAAUUAAUAUGAGUUCAAAUAAAAAUCAUCAAAAUUCAACAAAUAUAUAAGAUAUAUAUAAAAACCUUUCAUUGUAAUAUUUUGUUAAAUCACUUUAAAAUAUCUUGUUAAUUCUGUUAACAAAUCGUCCUUAAUACUUCUGUCAAUAAAAUUUCUUAAUUUUUUUCCACUU